AAAUGCUUCAACGCGAAGAGUCUGUUGGCUUAGAGGUCACGUGAUCCUAAUACGCUUAGUUAGCUAGCUGCUGUUCCUGGGCCCCAGAGCUCAACAAAUCUCUCAAUACACUCAUUAAAACCAUUAGAGUCACGCACGAAAGAGAAAGAAGAAAAAGAAGAAAUCUCGGGAGCUGGAGGCUGCAGUGGAUUGACCUAAUAAUAAUACAAUGAUCACAAUGUGGCACAACUGUCACGCUCCGCUUCUUGGCGACUUCACUGUUUGUCGCUGCAGUGCUGACUCGUUGCUUCACGAUAUGCAGGUACACCCGGUUCGUUCCUGUUUGAAAUCUCUGUACCUGCAUCCUUGACCUCGACGACUCAGACCCAGAGGAAUCAGGAUCAACAGAGCUCUCGCCGCAAGAAGACCAAUCCGCCUCCUGCAAAUCCCCGCUGGGCCGAUGAUCGUCCUGUUCUGGUUCUCGUGUCAGCCUCAAAUGGUUCUAUUCCGGGCUCUCACUGCAGGGUCAGUGGCCCCGGUUGAGUCUCGGCCACGAGGAUCCAGCCUGAAGGCCCAAAUUAAAUGAACAGGCAUUUGUAGCCAUCCGCCGAGGUAUUUUUCCUGGAGAGAUGCGUUGCUGCUCUGGAUCUACGCAGGACAGGUUUGAGUAUAAAUGAGGCUUCUCUCUUGCUUGCUUUCUUUCGUCGUCUCGUCUCUCUCUCUCUUUUUUUUUUUUAUUGCCCUGCGUCCUUCGUUCUAACCCUAUCUGUCUGCCCUCUUGCUUUGGGCUUGUCAUUCCUUUGCCAGUCCGUCGAUCUCUGCCACUCUUUUUUCUUGCUUUUUUCUUUGCUAUAUUCAUUUCACAUACCCAAAAAUGCGUACUGGCUGGCUCCUCUUGGCCUCCCUGGCCGGUUAUGCUCUGGGCCUCCCCACCGACCUCAACCGCCGUGGCCUGACCAUCAGCGCUGGAGCCGAUGUGGAUGUCUCCGCUGUCGUCACUGGGUUCGUUUCUGAGAAGAUCAGCGUUUCCUCCUUCGCCGGUCUGAGUGCCAACGGCUGUGCUGGCUUGGAGGUCGCUGUCUUGGGCGCCGAGGCCACCGUUGUCGGCGUUGCUGUGCGCGAGGAGAUCAAGGCCUGGCUCCUUAGUGCCGGUGUACACAUCUUUGAUGCCAGCAUCCAUGCGGCCUUGAUCGCCUGGUGCGAGGCUACCGAGGCUGCCAUCCUCUCCGUCGACGUUAUUGCGGGCCUGGCUCUCUACACUCCCUUCCUCGCCCAGAUCGCUGCCGAGGCCAGCCUCGUCGCCACUGUGAACGGUAUAGUCGCCAUCGACCACUUCAUCCAGGGUGAGGUCGCCCUCGCCGCCAGUGCCCAGGCUGCCCUGCUGUCCUUCAUUACCUCCUCCUCCGCUGCUGCUCUGGACCUCCAGGUCAAGGCAGCUCUCGCUGUCGCCGCCGCCGGUGGCGUUGUUGCCACCCUCGAUGCCGAAGUCAAGGCUGCCCUGCUCGCCUGGGUUACUGCCGAGGCCUGCACGCUCGAGGCCUCUCUGAAGGCGGCCGUCAUUGCUUGGAUCCACGGUGUUGUUGCCGCCGAGGUUGCCGUCGUCGAUGCUCUGCAAGUCGAGGCCGCCAAGAUCGUCGCCGCUGGUGAACUCAUCAUCGCCGAAGUCACCGCUGCCGGUGCCCUGGUCGCCAGCGUCCAGGCUUCCCUCGCUGCCUUCCUCAAGACCAACCUCGUCCUGGGCGUCGAUGCCGGCAUUCUCGCUUCCCUCAAACUCGCCGCUGCAGGAGAGCUCGCUACCGCUCUCAGCGUCGAGGCCCGCCUCGCCCUCAUCGCCUGGCUGCAGGCCCCCUUCUGCGCUCUUACCGCCGAACUCAAGUCUGCUGUCCUCCUGUGGCUGUCCUUUGCUGCCGCUGCCGAGAAGACCGCCCUCGCCCUCACUGCCGUUGAUGUCUUUGCCAUCAAGGCCUUCCUGGCCAGCUCUGCCGCCGCCGCCCUCAGUGUCGAGAUCCGCGCUGCCCUGGGUGCUCUCCUGGCGGGCGAGAGCCUGGCUUCCCUGGCCGUUGAGGUGCGUGCUGCUCUUGCCGCCCUCCUGGGUGGUGCAGCGGGCGUUGUUGUCCCGUUCGGCUUUGAGGUCCUUGUCUGGGGCUGGAUCGGUGGUGUCACCCUGGUCGGUGGUGCUCCUACUGUCGUCCUUUAAUCGGUUACUCCUAAUCAAUUAACCUGUACCACUGGACUGAAAGCCUUAUUCCAACUGUGGUACAGACGAACCUGUAUACUACUUAGAUUUCUUUGAUUGUACUAUAAGCGUGCUAUAUGGCUAUACAACACACUAUGCCAAUAACGUCUGGAGAAUAAGAAGGCUAUUCAACCACAAUAAUCUGUCUUUCCUUAUUUGAUAGCCUCCUUAGCAGCAUGACCUGGGGCUCUAUCUUGCAUACGAAUCAAAUCAGGAUUUAAUCUUAGUUAAUGGAGCCCCAAAUCCGUCUCCCAGAAAAGCCAUGGUCCUUUCUGAUUCUCUGCAAUUGAUCCCCCAAAAAUCCAUCCUUUUCCUUUUUGAUGGUGCUCAAGAAAGUAAAGAGGAUCUCUUCACUAGCUCUGUUAGUAAUGGAUAGGCGCAUGUAUGGUCAUAUUACUAGGUAGGCCUGCCUGUGCCGUGAGAUAGGUAGCGAGGGCGGUCUAGGACGGCAGUACCUCACGUGUACUAACAGUUAGGGCCCCAAGGUCACAUGUCAUGUAGGUCACGUUAUGCCAUAUAAUUUUCUGAGAGAGGCUUGUCUAUGCUUUAGGCAGGCUCGUGAGGGAAAAAGGGGCAAGCGAGGGCGGUCAGAACCAGCAUAUAUUCACAUGAUCUAACAUUUU